GGCAAAGCGCGACUUCACAACAGCAACAAUACGACAUACAACUUCUCGCACCACAAACGAACCUCUGUUUGUGCUUCGCCUUUACACCGUAACGUUUCCGCAAUGUCCUACUCCUACCUUUUCAAAUACAUCAUUAUUGGUGAUACAGGCGUCGGUAAGUCUUGCUUGUUGUUGCAGUUCACCGACAAGCGCUUCCAGCCCGUCCACGACUUGACGAUUGGUGUUGAGUUUGGCGCGCGUAUGAUUUCCGUCGCCGACGAUACGCAAGUGAAGCUCCAGAUCUGGGACACGGCGGGUCAGGAAUCCUUCCGCAGCAUUACCCGUAGUUACUACCGCGGCGCCGCCGGGGCUCUACUCGUGUACGAUAUAACCCGGCGAGAUACCUUUCAGCAUUUGUCUCGAUGGUUGGAAGAAGCCAAGUCGCACGCGCAGCCCAACAUGGUCAUUCUCUUGAUUGGCAACAAGAAUGACUUGGAGCACCGUCGAGCGGUGACGGCGGAAGAAGGUCAGGAGUUUGCGGACGCCAACGGGUUGCUCUUUUUGGAAACCUCCGCGAAAACAGCCUUCAACGUCGAACAAGCAUUUUUGAAGACGGCCAAGAGCAUUCACGAAAAGAUUCAGUCCGGAGACAUUGACGUCGCCAACGAAUCGCACGGUAUCAAGGUUGGAAUGGCGCAGUCCAACCAGAUACCCGGCAUGUCCGACUCGACCAAGCGACAGAAUGCCUGUUGCUAAAGGGAUUCGAUUAACUAGUAGGAAAGGGUCUUGCGUGCAACAGAUUGUACCGUUGCACAAGCCAUGGUUGACAAUGCUUUUCCGGUGCUGCAUUGGAAGAUACAGAUUAUAUAUAUAAAGUAUUCGCGGUUGCAUUUACGA